AUGGAGAGCUUACAGAAGCACAACAACCAGGCCACGAAGUUCUGGUCGGAUAUCGUGGAAUCCCACUCACCCCAGAGGAUAGAGUUUCUGGGAACACUCUUAGUCCAAAUUCUGGCAUUCUGGCUACCGUCAAUCUUCUACCUGUGUCUGGAUGUUAUCGCGCCAUCUUUCUCGCAAAAACACAAGAUCCAACCCGCCCCCAAGCAACCCACGCGAAAGGAUAUCGUGCGCUGCUUCCUGGUCGUGACGCAAAAUCAGAUCCUUUCGUCGGUCCUGCACCUCACUCUCCUUUUCAUAUCGACCAAAGCGCGCUCACGGUCCUCGUACCGGGUCGAAACGCCCUUACCCGGCGCCGUUGAAUUUGCACGCGAUUUUCUCAUCAGCCUACUCCUCCGCGAGACCAUGUUCUACUACAGCCACCGGUUGCUGCAUGUCCCAUAUUUAUAUCGUCAAAUCCAUAAGAAGCAUCAUAAGUUUACGGCGCCGAUUGCCCUCGCCGCUCAGUUCGCCCAUCCUAUUGAGCAUAUUUUUGCCAAUGCGUUACCUAUAUCUUUACCCCCGCAGCUUUUGCGGAGCCAUGUGUUGACAUUCUGGGCUUUUCUUGCGUGGGAGUUGUUUAAUACUGCAACUGUGCAUAGUGGAUAUGACUUUUUUCACAACAAGGCGAAGAUGCAUGAUUUGCACCAUGAGAAAUUCAAUCUGAAUUAUGGAUCGGUUGGAUUGUUGGAUUGGGUGCAUGGAACGAAUAAACUUGGCAAGCGGCACUCCGAAUAA